ACUUGACGCUAACAUUGCAGCAAAGGCUCGGUUUCAUGAAUGUUGUUUUGUAGUCUAAAUUAAUCCUCUCACAUUUUGUGGUCAUUGAAUAUAAUUUUAAUAUAUUUCACAUAUGUUAAACUGCUGAAGUGUUUCGCUUCCGUCGCAGAGGGGGAGAUGAAGACGCUAACGGUCACGUUAGUAAUGUGGACGAACAAGUGCUGCACGCAAAGCCCCUUGUUUCCGCUGAUGUCCAAAGAUCCCGCCUCCAAGGAGUCAAACAUCUAUCAGUGAUGGUAAUGAAGGAUGAUGGACGUCCCCACAGCCAAUCAGAGCGAUACACCCUGUCAGCCGUGGGCGGGCCAGAACGGCUGGUCCCCAGCUUCACCUCAAGGACCUCCCUGCAACCCUCUGCCCAGUUUUCAGCAUCUCAGCCUGAGCUCUCCUUCUGACCAGAGGCCUGGCUACGAGCAGCUGCAGGUGUCCAACCACGGCUACCAGAGCGAACUUGCAACCUUUUCAUCCAGAAACAACACCGAAUACAGCACGCUUUAUGCUAAUAAUGCUGACCACAGUGUUCAGCGGGUCACUCCUGAUGCUCAUGCUUCAUCCAUGGUUCCAUCUGCAAGCCAAGGAAGAUAUAUACCUCCAUGUUCUCUCGCUCUUAUGAAGGAAGGGACGCAUCCCUGCAAGCCCCAACAAAUGCCCUUUUACUCCCCUCACAGCCCUUACCAAGGAAUAUCUUCCCCUUUACAGCCCCCAUACACUCACCAUUGUUCAUUAAAUGGACCUCAGUCACCCCAACAAAAACAUUUGCCCAUUACUACUUUAUCAUUUGGUGUAAAUCAGAGUCCACAGUUUACACCUCAGGCUGCAUUUGAGAGGGCCAAUGUGGAAUCCUCUGUUGGAUACACACACAAUCAUUCCUCGCCACAGCAGCCUCAGUGGACUCUCACAACAAACUCAAGAGGGACCACAAACGAGUUUGUUCCCAAUGCGGCUGCACAGGACAGGAACAUCACUCCACAGUCUCCUAGCUCUGAGUCUCGUUAUGGUCUGGACCCAGAGCUCCUGCCCAGUGUUGUGAAGGUGAUCGCAGAUGACAGUGCAGAGUGGGAGGGCAAGGUCUUCGUCUCAGAGCCCUUUUCCCGUCUCCCUCCUCUGGCAACUACCUCCUGUAUCAUAGAGGACAGAGGUAACGCGAGUCCUUUAGCCAUCCGCUCUGCGUCGUACUGUAUGCCCUGUGAUGCUCAGACUGCUCUGCUCAGCCGUCUGCCGCUGGGAGCUCUGGUCACCCCUCUAGCCAAGCAAAAUGAUGGAGAGCCCCUGCCUGUGUGCACAGAGCCAGAGUGUGUUUCAAGUUGUGGUUGUUGCGGAGCCUCCAUGUGCCCGGCGAUGGGCUGGCAGGACUGUGGUCAGAGGUUUUACUGCCCCUUCUGCGGGAAACUCAGUGAAGUGCCGUGGCAACACUACCAGCCCACCAAAGGGGUGGAGGGUGCUCGGUUGGAUAAAGACAACAGGCCUGAACUCAGUAUGGGGUCCUACGAGAAAGUUAAUUCUCAGAAAGGUGAACCUGCCGCCCUGCUCCUAGCCAUAGAUGUGUCUGCGUCCGCGGUGAGAGGAGGACAUUUGGAGUUUGCAACACAACAAAUACUCACUCUGCUCACAUCGCUGAAGAUGGAGGAUGGUGACGUCCGUGUGGGUUUGAUGACGUACGACAGCAGGAUCCACCUGUACGACCUCAGCCCCGCCCUGUCCCGCCCACACAUGCUGGUCAUCACGGAGACAGAAGACCUGCAGCUUCCUGUGAGGGAGGGGCUUCUGGUGCCCCUGAAAGACUGUAUAGACAGUAUCGACAGUGUGCUGCAGCUUGUUCCUCAGUUCAGUCCGGAGUGUGAUAGCUCUAGUGGAGUUCCCAUCGAGCUGCCGGUGAAAGCAGGGCUAGCCGUCCUUCAGGCUCUGAGUUGUCCUGGCAAGCUGCUGAUUUUCCACACUGCUCCUCUGACAGAGAUGGGACUCACACACUCGUCCUCAGGGUUCUUUGGCUCAAACAAACCAAAGUCCAUCUUUCAGCCGUCAGAUCCAGCCAUCUCAUUGGCCAAGGAGUGCGUCAGUCAAGGCUGCGGGGUUAGCCUGUUUGUCCUCUCCCAGCAAGAUGUGGGCGGGGCUUGGCCGGGGCACAUACCAUAUCUAACAGGUGGAGCUCUGUACACCUACAGCCACCUCCAGGGAGAGUUGGACAGAGAACGUUUCAGCACUGAUCUAAACAAGAUUUUAGAGACGGACACCGGCUACAAGGCUGAGCUCAGGAUCUUUGUCAGCAAAGAUAUGCGUGUGUCCGGCUGUUAUGGACUUUUCCUCCCUGGGCCUAGCCCCAGCCAGGUCACCAUGGCGACUGUUGAUUGGAGGACGACGCUGGCUGUAGAGCUCGCACACUCCAGAGCUCUAGACGAGACCAGAGGUGUUGCCAUACAGACUGUUUUGUCUUACAGCACCAGGACAGGAGACAGGAGGACCAGAGUUCACACUCUGACCCUGCGAUGCUCUCGUCACCUUCAGGACACUUUCCGGCAGUACCAGGCCCAAACACUGCUCACAUUCUACAGCAAAAAAAUUUACUGCACGGUGUUGGAGCGCCCUCUUCAGGAGCUGAGGGAGGAACUGCAGACGGAGGUCACAGAGGCGCUGGCAUCUUACCGCAGACACUGCUGCUCCGCUACAGUGUCUGCUGGACAGCUGGUCCUCCCUCAGUACCUGCGAGCACUUCCUGUUUACAUCAACAGUCUGAGGAAGAGCGAGGUGCUGCUGCCGGGCCUGAGGAGCUCCAUCCACCAGCGACUGCAGCAGCGCUGCCAGGUGCUCGGCAUGGACACCUGCAGCACCUCCACUCACUUCUACCCUCUGCUGCUGCCUCUGCCGCUGGCAGCUAACAGCUCCGUCUCUCCACCCCCCCCGGAGGCUCUGCGCUGCUGCGCGGCCAGCCUGGAGCCCGGAUGUCUGUAUCUGAUUCAUGCACCCCUCACACUGCUGCUCUGGGUGGGUGACCAAGUCCCAGCAUGCACCCUGGUGGAACUCUUCAACAACAACUGCUUCUCUUCCCUGCCCUCUGGAGAGACCAAGCUGCCAGUUCUUGAUAACCCUCUGUCCAUCAGAGUGCGGUCCCUCAUCGGCACUCUGAACUCUCAGGCUCCCUGUGCCCGCAAGCUGUGGGUGGUGAAGCAGGGUGACACCUGCGAGGAGGCCUUGCAGCGCCACUUGGUGGAGGACAAAAGUCCCAACGGUGGGGCAUCCUAUGCAGACUUCCUCUACCAUCUCCACGUCAACUCUGUCCGGCUUCUGCAGUGAAUUCUAACACAUUUUCUAUCCUCUCUGUGUUCUGUCUUCUAUAAAAGAUUAUGCUUUUUGACUUAAAGAGCUAUAGGAAAGGAUGAAAGUAAAAAAUAUUACGAGACAUAAUUAUGUGUGAAAAAAAUCAAAAGCCUUUUAUCAGAGAAUCAGGCGGUGCAUGGGGUCAUUUUAAGUAUUAAUUUAAAGACUGCUGUGAUAUGUGUGACAGUGUUGUGUUGAAUGCAAUCAGUGUGUUUAUGUCAUUUUUUCCCUGUCAUUGCAAUUCUCUAAUGUCAGUCGAGAUUUGCGUGUAUGUGAGUCUUGGUGUGUGUGAGACUGUGUGUGUGAUGCCUACAGUAGCCUAUGUAUUGUGUGUGAAUACUAUCCUAGAAAAAGAAAUACAAUAAAGGUUUUAACUGAA